AUGAAUAAAGCAACUAAUUUAACUGACACAAUAAAUUGUAAGAGCAAGAAAGAAGAAAAAAGAAAGCAAAUUAAGCCUAAUUGGUUUGUAGUCGACAUAAAUCCAAUAAAUUUUCGUGUCAUUUGGGCAGAGAAUCAGAAAGAUUUGACAUUUGAGAAUUUUCAAGGCAAAGCACAGAAAUGA